CGGCCAUUUCAUUUAAAUACUUUCCUGUGUAGUGAUGGUUGUUGUGUGAGAUAGAAUAUUUAAAACAAAAUGCCACAAAACGAAUAUAUUGAGAGGCACCGUAAAUUGUACGGUCGCCGUCUUGACUAUGAAGAACGUAAAAGAAAACGUGAAGCUCGUGAACCACAUAAACGUGCCGAAAAAGCUCGUAGCUUACGUGGUCUUAAAGCUAAAAUGUACAAUAAAGAACGUCGUAAUGAAAAGAUACAAAUGAAAAAGAAAAUUCAAGCACAUGAACAAAAGAAAAUUAAAAAAUCUACUGAUAAAGUUGAAGAAGGAGCUUUACCAGUUUAUCUCUUAGACCGAAAUGUUCAAUCUAGAGCAAAAGUAUUAUCGAAUAUGAUAAAACAAAAAAGAAAAGAAAAAGCUGGAAAAUGGGAUGUUCCAAUUCCAAAAGUUAGAGCGCAAGGAGAUGCUGAAGUUUUUAAAGUAAUGCGGACGGGAAAAUCGAAACGAAAAGCCUGGAAACGUAUGGUUACUAAAGUUACGUAUGUAGGAGAAGGAUUCACCAGGAAACCACCAAAAUUUGAACGUUUUAUUAGACCUAUGGCGUUACGAUUCAAGAAAGCACAUGUAACACAUCCUGAAUUAAAAGCAACAUUUUGUCUACCAAUUAUUGGUGUGAAGAAAAAUCCAAGCUCGGUUAUGUUUACAUCGCUAGGGGUUAUUACAAAAGGAACAGUUAUUGAAGUGAAUAUUUCAGAACUUGGUUUGGUCACACAAUCUGGUAAAGUUGUUUGGGGAAAAUAUGCACAAGUUACAAAUAAUCCUGAAAAUGAUGGAUGUAUUAAUGCUGUAUUACUUGUGUGAUCUUUAUUUAAGUCUAAUAAUAAAAAUUUAUACUAAAAAAUCA